AUGACCCAACCGCCACCCGUACCACACCUCACGCCUCAGUUUUGCUUCUCGACCGGGACUCUCAGAGACUUUCUCCGGCUGUCCCGCGCAAGUAUCGACGACUCGAUAUCACAGAACCUCAAUGCUCUGGUAACACCAUCUCGAGCCGGCUUCGACCCAUCAUCAACCUCACAGCGCACCCCGAGAACAUUUCCGCGACAAAUAGACCCUCAAGCAUGCCAGAACUUCAAAGAUCAAGCGUUGUUUCCGACAUGGCACGCGCGAGCCGAGGUGCUGCACUACUGUGGCGUAGUCGCAACGAGUCCAGAUCCCGACGACCCGGAGGCUCUGCUACGACAGAUUGAGACGGCCAAGGACAAGGAGAGGGUAGUGGAUGAGCGUUUGGACCCAUACUCUGGAAGGUUCUUCCCACGAGAACCCCGGACAGAGCAGCUUGCCAUGCUGAUCCGGCAGGAAAAGGGCGUCGAGAACAUUGUGCGGACAAGGACCUGGGACAUGGUCAAGCAACGAUGCGGCGAGUCCGCAAACACAUGGGAGGAGGCACUGGAGAGUUGGCGACAGAGGACUGGUGUCAAGGGGGAUAACCGAUAG